AUGGUUGCCAAGGUUGAAACUAACAUAGGAGAGAUGGUUGCUAAGGUUGAAACUAACAUAGGAGAGAUGGUUGAAACUAACAUAGGAGAAAUGCUUGCUAAGGAUGAAACUACCAUAGGAGAGAUGGUUGCCAAGGAUGAAACUACCAUAGGAGAGAUGGUUGCCAAAAAUGAAACUACCAUAGGAGAGAUGGUUGCUAAGGAUGAAACUACCAAAGGAGAAAUGGUUGCUAAGGAUGAAACUACCAAAGGAGAAAUGGUUGCUAAGGAUGAAACUACCAAAGGAGAAAUGGUUGCCAAGGAUGAAACUACCAAAGGAGAAAUGGUUGCCAAGGAUGAAACCACCAAAGGAGAAAUGGUUGCCAAGGAUGAAACCACCAAAGGAGAAAUGGUUGCCAAGGAUGAAACUACCAUAAGAGAGAUGGUUGCCAAGGUUGAAACUACUAUAGGAGAGAUGGUUGCCAAGGACGAAACUACCAUAGGAGAGAUGGUUGCCAAGAAUGAAACUAACAUAGGAGCGAUGGCUGCUAAGGAUGAAACUACCAAAGGAGAAAUAGUUGCCAAGAAUGAAACUAACAUAAGAGAGAUGGUUGCUAAGGAUGAAACUACCAUAGAAGAGAUGGUUACUAAGGAUGAAACUACCAUAGGAGAGUUGGUUGCCAAGAAUGAAACUAACAUAGGAGAGAAGGUUACUAAGGAUGAAACUACCAUAGAGAUGGUUGCCAAGAAUGAAACUACCAUAUAUGUUGCAAACUGUUGCAAAGGCUUUACUACCAAUUAA